UGUGAGGUCAGCCGUCUGUCUGGCACAGGCGUGUGCGUUGAUGUGCUUCCAGCUGUGUUGUGGGGAAUCGUGAUGUCUGCACCCGCGGGGGCUGGACCGGAGGGUCCUCCCUCGCAGCCCGUCAGCUCGUCACACUUUGAAUUAGACCGGAUGCGGCCAAUUAAAGGGAAGCCGGCCUGCCGGCCCCUCUCCGGCUUUUAAAGGCAGCCCGAGUCCAAACUUCAGCAGGAGACGGACAGAGAUUCACAUGAAGAUGUCCUCCGCCGCGCUCCGUGCUGUCACUCUGCUCACAUGCGCCCUGACAUUCGGUGCUGCUCAGACGAGCUGCAAAGGACGCUGUGGUGCUGAGUACUACAGGGGCUACAUGUGCCAGUGUGACUACACCUGCCUGCCUUACGGAGAGUGCUGUAAAGACUAUGAAUCUCAAUGCACCACGAAGAACUCAUGUAAAGGUCGAUGUGGGGAAACCUUCAAGAGGGGCCGCCCGUGCAGCUGCGACUCCAGCUGCAUCAAGUACAAGCAGUGUUGUCCAGAUUACAAGACCCACUGUGAUGCGGAGGAGGAAAUCAGUGGAGCGGCCAGUGCAGCAGCACCGUCGAAGAUUAGUUCAUGUGAUAGUGUAAACAAUAAGAAACCCACAGAGCCAACUCUGACCGAAGCAAAGGAGCAGCCUUCUCCUGUCAGCGAGGAAAACAUUGCGGAUGACCACAUGAUUCCUCUUGUCAGUCCGACGUCAUCUCUACCAGAUGACUCCAGUGAUGAUAUGUUCAGCAAUAUCCUCCCAACCGAUGAAUUCACCGACAAUGCACCGGAGGAGGCAAGUCCGGCUCCCGAGAGCACCAGCGGGUAUGGACCGGCUGACCACCUGGAUCCAGGUUCUACCGAGCCCACCCUGGAGCCAGACGCUCUGGAGUUCAUCACGGAGACAGUGACGGUCUUUCCUCAGACAGAAGCGACUCCCUCACAGGAUGAACCAACACAGGCUGACGCGGAUUCCACGGAUCCCAUCAGCUCAACCAACCCAGGAGCAACUGCCCCUCAGCCCACCACGGCGGUCGACCACGUCUCCAGCCGGGCGACCCCGACCUCUGACCCUCACACAGAGGUUUCUCCCACAGCGAGCUCCCCGGAGCUGGAGACAGAGGGGCAGGGAACAGUGCAGCCAGAGGACGACAUUUUUCCAGAGGCACAGAAGACAGAACCGACGGAAGCCUCUUCCCAUAAGCCGGAGGCUACGACACUAUCCCUCAGCACGCUGGCCUCGAUGUCCACAGGACCCACGGAGGUAAUGUCAGAGGGGGAAAUGUCUCAGCUCACCACCUUCCCUGCCUCAUUGACGCAGGAUUCCACAGCCGCCCCAGACGCGACCACGUCAAACCCAGAAACGCCAUCUACUGAGAACAACUCAGACGACGCCACAACAGGCCCUCCGCCCCCUGUUCAGACGGAACAAGAUGCCUCCACCAGCGUUUCUCCAGCGGGGCCCACUCACGUUCCCUCAUCCACAGCAGCGGCACCGGCAGACGCCACGGAUGAUGUUACACAGCAGGUAACCGCUGCCGGUCCGGUCAAAGUUACCCCCGAGCUGACCGGCCGACCCCAACCACCGGAACCCACUCCCUCACAACCCCAGGACAAACCUGAGGCCAGUACCCCUUCGCCUGCUAAACCAACUCUGGUUGAUUCCACCCCCAAACCCGAGGCGAAGCCUCUGGACGUAGACAGUCCAGGAGACUACCAAGCAGAUGACAGCAACGACACAAACCUGUGUAGUGGGCGACCGGUCGGUGCGGUUACCACACUGGGGAACGGCACAACGGUGGUUUUCAGAGGGCACUACUUCUGGUUCCUGGGCAGAAACAGGGAGCCAGGUCCGGCCCGAGGCAUCACACAAGUGUGGGGCGUCCCUUCCCCCGUUGACACCGUGUUCACCCGCUGCAACUGUCACGGCAAAACAUACAUUUUCAAGGGAGCCCAGUACUGGAGAUAUGAAAACGACGCGCUGGACCCCGGAUAUCCUAAAGUCGUUGCAACAGGCUUCGACGGGCUUCGGGGUCAGAUCACAGCUGCUCUGUCUGUGCCUCAGCACAAGAGGAGGAGGGAGUCCGUCUACUUCUUCAAGAGAGGGGGACUGGUCCAGAAAUACUCAUACCAGUUUGGCACCAGCCCAACGUGUGGCAGGAGAGCCCAGUACGCCGUUCACACCGUCCGCAACCGGAUAGCUCGACAAGCAGUGUCUCUCCUGGGCCCAACCAUCAACAUCCGGACGUCCUGGAGAGGUUUCCCCACCACCAUCACAGCUGCCGUGUCCGUUCCCAACACCAGAGAACCAGAGGGAUACAAAUACUACGUCUUCUCAAGAACCAAAUCCUACAACGUGAGGAUGGACGGUGAACAUCCCGUGGUUGCUGCUCCUGCGGCCAACGUGUCACCUCAGAGCAACAACUUUGUCAAAUGCCCAAAGAACUGAAAAGCAGUUUUCAUAAAAACAGAAGGCGGCUUUUUCCUCAAGUUUUCAAGUUUAUUACAGUCUUCAUAAAACACUACAUCAGCAUGGGCCAUGAAUAACAAAGGGUACUUUACAAGUACAUUUAAAAACAAAAGGAGAACAUAAAAACGACAGGCUGAGUACUUAUCAGGACUGAGCAGAGAAUCACUGAUGUGUGAUGUUUCUGAAGGGAAUGACGACCUGUCCGGGUUCUCAAGUUUCCUGAUUAGUGUUUCAUCUGGCAAAUCGUCUCCCGUGUUGUCCCCGAGAUGGAAAUGCCUGACCUGUUGAUAUGAAAUUAUUUUUUUCUUUAAACAAAGCCUGCAACACUGAUGUAAACAAUUCUGUACAGUGGCUGUAUAAAAUAUGUAAUGUAAAGAACAUAUUGUUUCCUUUUUUUUUAAACUCACCAACAUGUAUCAAAUGCUAUGACUUUAGCCUGCCUCAUGAUUGUUCUAAAACCUUUCAGUCAUGCAACAACUUGGAAGAAAUACAUUACUACAGAGUGAUAUUAUAUUUUAUCAUUCAAAGUUAAUUGUCUGGGACUUUAAAUCUGACUUACAAUAAAGAUUACAAGUGUUGUCGUAAAA